AAUGGGAAGCCAGUGGAGGGAUUGGCAGAGAGGGGUGGAAGACACUGAGUGGAGGGAUUGGCAGUGGAGGGGUUGGCAGACACUGAGUGGAGGUCAGUGGAGGGAUUGGCAGAGAGGGGUGGAGGACACUGAGUGGAGGCCAGUGGAGGGAUUGGCAGAGAGGGGAGGACACUGAGUGGAGGUCAGUGGAGGGAUUGGCAGAGAGAGGGAGGACAAUGAGUGGAGGCCAGUGGAGGGAUUGGCAGAGAGGGGUGGAGGACACUGAGUGGAGGUCAGUGGAGGGGUUGGCAGAGAGGGGUGGAGGACUCUGAAUGGAGGCCAGUGGAGGGAUUGGCAGAGAGGGGUGGCAGAUACAGAACGGGGGCACGGGAUGGGGGGA